CCCAACGAAAAUGAAAAGGCGCACGUUAGCGCGGAGCCUGCGCAUGCGCGCUUCUUCCCGCCAUUACUCUCGAAAACCUAUACUCCAAUCGACUGUGUACUGUCUGCGAAUCAUCUGGGAGCUUUACGAUUGAGUGGGUAGCCGAAAGGAACCGAGGCUCUUGGCGAGGGUUUUAUUUUUCAUCUUCACUAACUGUUGGAAGUUGAGAGCAUUUUUCGCAAUGGGCGACAAUUUUGAGGAGCCGACCAAGCUUCCCGAACUCAAACUCGAUACCAAGCAAGCUCAAGGGUUUCUGUCGUUCUUUCGAAGCCAUCCCAGUGACCCUAGAGCUGUCAGGUUCUUUGAUCGUCGGGACUAUUAUACCGCACAUGGUGAUGAUGCAUUUUUCAUUGCAAAAACCUAUUACCACACUACAACGGCUGUGCGUCAACUUGGAACUGGAUCUGAUGCCAUUCCUAGUGUUAGUGUUAGUAAGACCAUGUUUGAGACGGUAAUUAGAGACAUUCUUUUGGACAGGACCGAUCGCACUCUGGAAUUAUAUGAGGGCAGUGGAGCAAAUUGGAGACUUGUGAAAAGUGGAACACCUGGAAAUUUAGGCAGUUUUGAAGAAAUUCUAUUUGCUAAUAAUGACAUGCAAGACUCUCCUGUCAUUGUGGCUUUGAUUGCAAAUUUCCGUGAAGAUGGAUGCAAUGUUGGAUUGAGCUAUGUUGAUCUCAGCAAGAGGGUACUUGGCUUGGCAGAAUUUCUUGAUGAUAGCCACUUCACAAAUGUUGAGUCAGCACUUGUUGCUCUGGGUUGCAAGGAAUGCCUUAUGCCUGCUGAUAUGACUAAGGCUAAUGAAUAUAGACCGUUGAAUGAUUCGUUUUCAAGAUGUGGUGUUAUGGUGACAGAAAGAAAGAAAAGUGAAUUUAAAGGAAGAGAUUUGGUACAAGAUCUUGGUAGGCUUGUGAAAGGUUCUAUAGAACCUGUAAGAGAUCUAAUUGCUGCAUUUGAAAAUGCACCAGGGGCUCUAGGGUGUUUAAUGUCUUAUACUGAUUUACUUGCAGAUGAGAGCAACUACGGUAACUACAAGAUCCAGAGAUAUGAUCUUGACAGUUACAUGAGAUUAGAUUCCUCUGCCAUGAGGGCACUGAAUGUCAUGGAAAGCAAAACUGAUGCAAACAAAAAUUUUAGCUUAUUUGGCCUUUUGAAUAGGACCUGUACUGCAGGAAUGGGCAAGCGUUUACUACACAUGUGGCUGAAACAACCUUUAUUGGAUAUAAAUGAGAUAAACUAUAGGCUGGAUUUGGUGCAAGCUUUUAUGGAGGAUGCUGGCACACGUGUUGAUGUGAGGCAGCUUUUGAGAAGAAUUUCAGAUAUAGAACGUCUUACACGCUCUCUUGAGAAGAAAAGAGCAAGUCUUGUGCAUGUUGUUAAGCUUUAUCAGUCAACUAUUAGGCUCUCCUUCAUCAAAAGUGCCUUAGAGAAGUACAGUGGCCAGUUCGCAUCAUUGAUCAAGGAAAGAUAUUUGGAUCCUUUAGAACUGUUUACUGAUGAUAAUCACUUGAAUAAGUUUAUUGGCCUUGUGGAAGCUUCCGUUGACCUUGAUCAACUUGAGAAUGGAGAAUACAUGAUUUCGUCUGGGUAUGAUUCCCAUUUAGCGACUUUGAAAAAUGAGCAAGAGUCUCUUGAACGUGAGAUAAAUGAUUUGCACAAAAAGGCUGCUAAUGAUCUUGAUCUCUCUUUGGACAAAGCUUUGAAAUUGGAAAAAGGGACACAGUAUGGUCAUGCUUUUAGGAUUACCAAAAAGGAAGAGCCAAAAGUAAGGAAGAAGUUGAAUACACACUUUAUUGUUCUUGAAACUCGGAAGGAUGGAGUGAAAUUCACAAACUCGAAGCUUAAGAAACUAAGUGAUGACUACCAAAAGGUAGUUGAGGAAUAUAGGAACUGCCAAAAAGAAUUAGUUGCCAGGGUAGUUCAGACUGCCGCAUCUUUUUCUGAGGUGUUUGAAAAAGUAGCUGGUUUGCUCUCUGAGUUGGAUGUUUUACUUAGUUUUUCUGAUUUAGCUGCUAGCAGCCCCACUCCUUACACGCGCCCACUCAUUACUCCAUCGGAUGAGGGGGAUAUUAUCCUAGAAGGGAGCCGGCAUCCUUGUGUUGAAGCUCAGGAUUGGGUGAACUUCAUCCCUAAUGAUUGUAAACUAGUUAGGAGUAAAAGUUGGUUCCAGAUCAUCACAGGACCUAAUAUGGGUGGAAAAUCGACAUUCAUAAGACAGGUUGGUGUAAAUGUUCUGAUGGCGCAAAUUGGCUCAUUUGUGCCUUGUGACAGUGCUAGUAUUUCUGUACGCGAUUGCAUAUUUGCUCGAGUUGGUGCUGGUGAUUGCCAGCUGCGUGGAGUUUCUACUUUCAUGCAAGAAAUGCUUGAGACUGCGUCAAUCUUGAAAGGAGCAACUGAGAGGUCCCUAAUAAUAAUUGAUGAGCUAGGUCGUGGCACAUCAACAUAUGAUGGAUUUGGUCUAGCUUGGGCCAUUUGUGAGCACUUAGUUGAAGUGAUAAAAGCACCCACACUUUUUGCAACUCACUUUCAUGAGCUGACUGCAUUAGCUCAAGAAAAUACUAGUGAUCAAUCUUCAAAGAAGCUUGCAGGAAUAGCUAAUUAUCAUGUUAGUGCACACAUCGACUCAUCAAAUCGCAAGCUUACCAUGCUUUACAAGGUUGAACCAGGGGCCUGUGAUCAAAGUUUUGGGAUUCAUGUUGCAGAAUUUGCUAAUUUCCCAGAAAGUGUUGUUGCACUUGCUCGGGCAAAGGCAUCUGAAUUGGAAGAUUUUUCACCCAAGUCAAAUUUGCCCCAAGAUGUACAAGAGGUGGGAUCUAAGAGAAAACGAGGUUGUGACUCUGAUGACGUUAGUAGGGGCAUUGAACGAGCCCGGCAGUUUCUGAAGGACUUCUCUGAAGUAGCAUUAGAGCAGAUGGAGUUGAAAGAAGCUCUACAUCAUGUCGGAAAACUUAAAGAGGAACUGGAGAAGGAUGCCGUAAACUGUGUGUGGCUCCAACAGUUCUUCCUCUAGUAAAGAAUACAAUCUGAUUUUUUUUUGAUAUUUAUAUAGAUGCUGAAUGAAGCAGCUUGUUAUCUAUGGAGUUUAGCUUUUGGGUAUGUCCUAGGAAAGGAACAGCAGAUCAAAUUGCACAUGGAUGGAUGGAUGUAUGAAGUUUCUCUUUUUGGCAGCAACCAGCUUCAAUGCCAAUAUGGAUUAGACUAGAAGGUAAUUGAAACUGAAACUGAUACUGAAAUGAGGUAGGUCACCUUUUUAGUUUUAUACUUAAGUCUGUGUGUUGUGUCGUGCUGUGCUUUAGGGGCCGUUUCUUUUGGUUGAGUUUAGAAAUUUUUUGUUUGGAUUUAGUAUUAAAAUAAUGUUUGAUGUGAUGUUUUGUAAGAGAAAAAAAUAUGUAU